CAUCUUCGCCCUGUUCUAUUCCCCCGGCAAACAAUGAUCUCUAACAUUCGCCUCACGCAUCUCCUCCUUGCUGCUGCUGCAACCACUGGCGUUGCUGCAAGUGGACAUGGAUGGACAAAUGGCCCUACUGCAACUGGACCGACAGAUGCAGACUUGGCCACAAGCUGUGACUAUUUCGCCAAUGAUGUUGCGUCGGGAGAUACUUGUGAGAUGGUGGAAGAUUACUUCGGUAUCACUGAGACACAGUUUGAAAAUUGGAACCCCGCGUUGAAAGGUAGUUCGACAUGUAAAAUGAUCACGGGAAACAGCUACUGCGUCUCAGGGCCUGACGGGGUAGCCACCUCGGCAGUAGCAUCUGGUACACCAGCUACCACCCUCACCAUCAGUGGAUCUGCUGCACCAGUUCAAACUGGAAUCGCAAAGUCUUGCACCAAGUAUCACGAAGUCGUGAAUGGUGAUACUUGCUAUAGUAUCCAGGACCAGUACCUGGACUUUACCCUAGCGCAGUUCUAUGCUUGGAAUCCGGCUAUUAGCACGGGGUGCAAGGGUCUGGUGGAAGGCGAUUAUGUCUGCGUGCAAGCAAACGGGUCGGGAACUUCAACUUCUACAUCCGCGUCAUCCUCAGUCUCUUCCUUGCCUACUCAAUCAGGAGUCACUUCAAAAUGCAACAAGUGGCACUACGUUUCCGGCAAUGACACCUGCCAGUCGAUUCUAUCCGAGUUCGAUCUUACUAAAGCUCAAUUUUAUGAUUGGAAUCCGGCUACCGGUGUCAAUUGUACCAACCUGUGGUUCGAGGUUGAUGUUUGUGUUGGUGUUCCUGGUUUCACCCCAUCGCCAACCACUACAGCUGCCACUGCAACUGCUACCGAGACUGGAUCGACACCAUCCCCAGUGCAAAGCGGUAUUGCAUCCGACUGCACAAAGUACUACAAGGUCGUGAAGGGCGAUGACUGCCAGACUGUUGAGAAGGAAUACGAUAUCACCGCAACUAACUUUCUUAAGUGGAACCCAGCUGUUGGUUCCGACUGCUCCGACCUAGAGGUUAAUGUCUAUUACUGUGUUGCAGUCUAGAGGCUCUUAGAGCAAGAUCAUAUAGUGUCAGCGGUCUCAUGCGAGAUCUUUACUUCAGACACGUUGCUUUAUUGGGUUAUUGGCCAUGAUAUCUGAUUUGUCAAAUAUUUUCUAUGCUGAAAUUCGGUAGCAUAAAAUGAGUCUUCCAACAUAUGAGCUGCUCCAUGAGUGA